CACUGGACACCAUGCAGCUGUAGGCGGACGCGAGUCGGAAUUCCCGAAGUUCCCAACUUUGGACACACAAACGCUUCAAAAUCAUUGAAGCAAAGACAAAGGAGGAGAGAAGGAUUCUGAAUUUGCAGUUUAUAAAUACGCUGCUGAGCCAGCCACACUGAAGUGAUGUCCGAUAACAGCACCGGCAGCAGCAGCGGGUCAUCCAGUAACAGCUGGACCCUCCUCUCCCCAGAGGAAGCUGCCGUUGACACUGCUGGGCCGGUAGAUGAUGGAACUGAGAGUAUUGGUGAUGUACCAAGCCUUUCAGAAGAAGUUGCAGGUAGUGCUUUUGAGGUGAAGCCAAGUGAUAGUGAAGCUGCACUGGAGACCAUCUUGUCAGAAGAGGGCCACCAGGUUUGCCAAGAAACAUCCCCAGAAUUAUUUGAAGAGGGUGCAGUUUCUGGUCCAAGCGUCGAGGCUGAUCCUGAGAUUUGUGCACCAGUGAUCCAUGCUACUAUCACAACAUCUCCACCAGACAAUGAUCUGCUUGGAGCAGUUCCCUUUAGCAUAGCUACUGAGUCGUCCCUCUUUCUUACACAUGAACCUUUCCUUGAAACAUCCUAUGAAGAAUCUUUAUCUGAUGUACAGCCUACCUUUGAUUUCCAACCCAAACAAUGUCCCCUCACUGAAGUUGGACCUGAAUUUGUGGAUAAAAUUGGUCCUGCCUCAGAACCUAGAGCUGAAAUUGGUCCUGCCUCAGAACCUACAGCUGGAUUUAGUCCUGCCUCACAACCUAGAGCUGAAAUUGGUCCUGUCUCAGAACCUACAGCUGGAUUUAGUCCUGCCUCACAACCUAGAGCUGAAAUUGGUCCUGUCUCAGAACCUACAGCUGGAUUUAGUCCUGCCUCACAACCUAGAGCUGAAAUUGGUCCUGCCUCAGAACCUACAGCUGAAUUGAGCCCCUCUCCCUCUCCUGAUCUCCCAGAGUCUUCUUUCUCCGAUGUUACUGCAGAUGAAAUCCUCGUCUCUGCCGUUGGUCAUACUUCUGCAGUCCCUGUGUUACAUGUUCACAGUGGAGAAGGCUUCAGUCCUGAAAUCUCAUCUCCUAGUCUGUCUUCAGAAAUUAAUGUUAGCUUUGCAGCUGAGAGCCCUUACCCAGAAACCCCUGCUUCCUCUGUCUUGGAAGAGAAAGAGCUUAUAGCUGACAGAGAGGAACAUAAAUCCUUAUAUGUUGAAAGGGAGGCAGAAUCCCUUGGCACCGAUAUGCCCUUUGAGCACCAAGAAGAGGACACUGGACUUCGACAGAGACGUGUACGCUCUAAUGAGGAACUGAGACAGAGCUCAGAUGAGGAAGAUGUGGAGGAAACAGAAUUUAGGCUACCAGACAGGAAAGAGGAGAAACCUGGCUUUUCACUGAACCACCUGAUCAUUGGAGCUCUGGCACUGUUGUGUCUAGGCUCCUUUUUUCUCUCUGGUAUCACAAUGGACCGAGUCGGUGAUGACUUUGAUGGCUCAGAGUUAAGUGACCAGGAACUUCUUGAAAAACUUGUUGAAGAAAACAAGCAGAUUUCCAUACUGGAGGCCCAGAUACAGACACAAAAAGAGGAUCUGGACAGAGCGUUGAGGGCAGGUGCAGAGAGAGGAACCACUGAUGAAGAACAUGCCAGGAUGAAGGAAGAGUUGUCUGCAUUGCCAAGCCUGAAAGAAGAAUUAGAAGCACUUAAAGCUAGGGUUUCUGAGCUCAGCCAGCUCACAGGUGAGGAACCUUCAGAACAUUCUCCUGGUUUUGGUAAAGGAGGUCAAAAUCUAGCAGGACCUGAUACACGCUGGGGAAAAAAAGAAGCGCUUAAGAGACAGAAGAUUCUCUUGGAACAAAGUAAAACACGAUUGGAAGGAAUGAAAAAACAGGAGUGGCCCAAGAUGAGGUUACGAGAAAGACUGUCUGAGAUGCAGCAGAGAUUAUCAGAACAGGUGGACCGCAUAGGCAAGAAAGACGAGUGGUGGAGGAAGCACAAAGGAGGAGAAGAUAGGAAAGUUGAGCGAGGUGACAGUGUCCAAAAGCACAAAGAGUUCGUGAAGAAGUACCGCGAGGAGUGGGAGCAUAAAAAGGCCGAGAGGAAGCUGGAGAGGGAAAAGAGGAAGCAGGAGAGGUCUUGGAAAGCCAGGCCUGGUCACAAGCAUAAGCAUGAUCAUAAAGUGCACCAGCACCAUGAAUCGAAGGACUUCUGGAAACUUCAAGAGAAGAAGCUCAGGAGAAACCAGAAUGCUCCUGAACACUGCCACGAUGUGUCUGGCUGCGCUGAAGCAGAGGGCCUCGUUCAUGUUAAGCUCUCUGAUUUUCAGGGCCUUCUGGAUACCUACCUGAACAAAUUGCAAGGGCUCAGUGUGGAGAAUAAGGAAGCUUUCCAUCAUCUUGUUGCUCAGUUUUUCCACAGUGGUGUCUUCAGCCAUGACAAAAUGCUCUUCAGUGAGUUUGCAGAAGAUGUGGCAGACAUCUUGGAGGACCUGGCGGAUGUUCUUACGGACGAUGAUGUGCUGGAGGAGGCGAUGGAAGAAUUUGAGAGGGACGCUCUGUGGCAGUUUGCUGCAUAGAGCAUCAAGUCACAGCAGCACUGAGCAGGACAGCAAAUGACCCAAAAGAUACCACGUGAUGAUGAGCCGUGAGCAAUGCUCUCACUAUACCUUUCUUUUUCCCGAGCUAUAUGAUCUAACACAAAUAUGAGGAGUGUGUUUCUGAAGUCUUUUGUAAAGUAAUUUGAGUGGAAAAACAUCACACUGUUAGGACAGGUCAAACAUUUUUCCCAAAAGCUACAUGCCCUAACUGCAGUAUGCUUGUAGAGUCUGUAAGAGUCUUUGUUUUUCUGGAGUCUGGUUCCUGCUGACUGUAUAAAGCUGUAGUUACUUUAUUAGUAACCUGUUGCAUUUUGCUGUCAUGUAAAAUCUUCAAUGCUUCUGUUGCUCCACAUUAGUGAUAUGUUCAGCAGAAAAGGAACACAGUGUAAGACACAGAUGAAGGAAUGUGUGUGUGUGUGUGUGUGUGUUUGUUCAUUUACUCUGGACGACUUCUCCGUACCUGUUUACACUCACACUCGCUCAAGUGUCAAACUGGUUUCUGUCCUGUGUUCAUAUGACCUUGUCAGUCAGUUGUUUUGGAACCUUUUGAGCUUUUAUUUUUACUCUGCAUGCUAGCACUUUUAACUGCUGAACUGAUGAGCGUUAUCAAUUUGAAUCUGCACACGAGAACAAUUUCUAGAAAUUCAGUUAUCAGUUAUCUCCUGUGCUGCAUCUUACUGACACCUACGUUAUCAGAUUUGUGCAUUAAGUAAGUUACAGAAGUGAUUAUCUGGAGAUGUGUGUUUGUUUUGCUAAUGUGCCUUUAUUGUUUGUGUGAGAAGUUGGGAGUCGGAUGAAUCCCAUGAUUUCAGUUAAACAAGGGAGUUAGAGAUACGUUGAUAAUUAAUCUGUCCAUUUUAUUGGAGCCUAUCUGAAGAAAAUGCCUGCUAAAAAAUGUUGAAUUGUUUUCCAGUCUUUUAUUGUUAUGAACGGUUAUUUAUUAAAGUUGGACUUUUCAAAGCCACAUUUGGUUAGAAUCAGAUGAUUUUUUUUCACACUACAGUUUAAGACUCAUUUCAGAAGAAACCUCCUUUGUGUCAGGAAAUUAAUUUAUGAUGGUCCGGUGGCUGGCCGCAGCUCAGAUAAUAGAUUAUAGUUCACUUUGAAUGGUUUUAAAUCCGAAUACAAAAUAACUAUAUAUUUCAAUAAAAUAUUAAAAAUAUGUUACUUUAGAUUGGAUUUUUUUGCAUCGUUGCAUCUUCACCACUAUUUUAUUGUAUGA